ACCCGGGUUCGAGUCCCGGCAAUGGAACCAUCUCUUUGGCCAAAUUACUGUCUGAACGGUUAAUUCGUCAAGUUGUACUUCAGUUGGUUCGCAAACGACGCAGGUUCGAAUCCGCAACGGUAUUUUUUCAAAUUUCUUUUGCCACUCCUGAGGACGACCGGCCGGCCCAACGAAAUAAAAACCUUUGGCGGGAAUAAUUAAAUCAUCGCCUCUUGCUUCUUCAGUCCUCCUGUCUAGGGUUUUCAAAUUCGGGGUAAAACAGAAGAAUUUCACGGGAAAGAAUAUAAUUCGCACAGAGAAUAUGGAGAAUCGGAAGGGACUAGCAGGCGGAGCAGCCAACAGAGGAUUGGAAGAGAACACCAUGGCCAUCCUUGAUACUUCCGGCUUCAACAGUUCCAAAAUCUCUCACCAUCUCAAUGACGACAGGCUUGCUUUUCUGGAAGCUGUUCGUUGUGCUUCUCUUCUUUCUAUUAAUGGAACUGCACCUACAAGCAUAAUGUUUGAAGCAGUAUUCCAAAUUCUUAAGGAUGAAGAUUCACUGGAUUUAAUAAUGGAAAGCUAUCAACUUCUUGUGGAUUUGAAUAAGCGCUUUCCUCGAGUGUACUUAUCCAAAACAGAAAAAUCGGAAUCUUCAUCUUCAAAUGUUAUGUCUGAAUUAGUUGUGGUUCAAGAGGCUUGGUCUCCGUUUUCUUUUGGGUUGGACAGUUACAAUGAGAAGGUAGUGGCCAAUAAACAGUUGGGAGGAUCAAUUGAUUCCUUGAGUUUCGAUGCUCUUAUACAAGAAGUUGUUAAGGUGUCAAAGGAGAGGAAAUCUGAAGCUGUAGAAAUAAAGUUUCUGAGGAACAUGUUGCUGUUACAAUAUUUGAUUAUUAUUCUUGAGGACGAUUUUUUACCUCGUAAUUCAGCGUAUCAAGAAAAUAUGAACUGGACUCUUUUGAGGGAAUCACUGCUUAAUAUGCUUUUGGGUUCGAGAAAAAUAAUCUACAAAAGCUUCAUACAGGACUGCUUGUGUAUAAUGUGUGACCUCACUUUUGAUCAGACUGAAUUGUCUUCUGAAAUGAGCCACAACAGUAGACAGUCGGGGGAUCUAUCAGAAGGAAUUGAUACUGCUUUGGUAUUAGCAUUACCUGAAGUUGAAAAAUCUACAUGCAGUGUUCUGAAAAAACUUGUGUUAAUGAUCAUGGAGUUAGAUUUAUCACGGAGCAUGGCAGACCUGCAGGGUUCUACCACCAGGGCUGAUGGUGUAAGGACCCCUGCGGUGGACAUUAUGUUAGAGGAACUCAUUUACAAUAGCGAUAUCCUUUCGUCCUUUUUACAGGUAUUUGAUGAACCAAAAUGGAAGCUAAAAGUUAUUGUAGAAUAUUUCCAAAAGUACAUUCCUAAGUCGUCCGUUCGAACUAGGAGAUCAAACGGUCAAGUCAAGGAUCAAACUUUUGAUGAAGUUUUGAAGUGUUUCUCAAACAGCAACAGCACCAAAAGUAUCGUUAAAAAACUAAGCAUAGAGGUUGCUCAAUUGCUUUUGGCCCAUGCCUUCCAGGCAUAUUUGUCACUAUCAUUACAGCAUCUGCCUGAAGGCGGCUCUGAGUUGAAGGAAGAUGUCAAAGGCAGCUCACUUGCAGAAGUGUGCAAUAAUUUAAUAUCGGCUUUUACUAGUCUAAGAAGAGAAGAUAAGGAAACUGAGAUUUUGCCCUUUGGCAAAGAAGCACUGUUUACAGCUGCAACCAUCCUUUCAACAAAGUCAUAGGAGUUAUGAAAACUGUGAUAUUGUGAUUCGAAGAACGUGCUUGAACGAGAACGAGCCCAUGUACAGAAGAUUACAUCCGCCGAACCUGGAGGGGAUGAUAUUCCUUUUUGUUAAGCUAUAGAGGUGUUGUGUAAGUAGUAGUGUGUAUUAUGUGUAAACUGAAGACUAAAAAUGAUAAAUCUUGUAAGUUAUUUCGAUGAUUAACUUUUGCAACUGCUCUUUGUA